AUGAGCUUAGUUAUUUUGUAUGGGACGCAGACGGGCACGGCUGAGCAGGUUGCCUUUCGCGUUGCGCGUUUAGCUCUUAAGCGUGGAAUCCCUAGAGUGCGUUGCCUGCCCGCGGACGAGGUUCCCGUGGAGAGGUGGUAUGACAUGACAUAUGAGUAUGGGGACGAACCCUACUCUUGUGCGCUUUUUAUUGUCUCCAAUGCGAACCAAGGAGAUGCACCCGAGAGCUUCCGAAAGUCAUGGCUUCGCUUGCUUUCCGAGUCAGAGCCCUCCCUGAAGCUAAGGCGCCUUCGCUACGCCGUUUUUGGCUUGGGUGACUCCAUCUAUGCAAAGUUUAAUUACACUGCUAAGCUGCUGCACAACCGGCUGCAGAGGUUAAACUGCGAGCCUUUGUUGUUAAGGGGCUUGGGCGAUGAAAGCGACGCCAAGGGGAUUGAUGAAGCACUGCUGCCGUGGCUGAUGAAGUUGUGGACUGCGCUGGGCUGCACGAUUCUGCCGGGUGACGUUACCGAAAACCCUUUGGAAGCUCCUAUAUUUCCUCUUUACAAGGUCGUUCAAGUUUCGCGUCAGGGGGAGGUGGUGGAAGGCGAUGCAGGAGGCGGAUCUGCAGGCUCUUCACAGGAAGAAAGUGUUCUCCUCGAUUCCUUUGCGUCAAUGCCUCCGCAUUCCACCUUCACGUGUGAAGUCAUCUCGAAUCAGCGCCUUACCGCGCCCGACCACUUCCAGGCGGUUCACCACAUUGAGUUGAAGCCACAUCUGCCCUCCCCUAACGUAGCUGGGGGCGAUCUCGACGACGGCGGCCUCUGCUACGAAGUUGGCGACGCGUUAGGCGUUUAUUGCCCUAACCGCCCUGCCAUCGUGGAGGAGAUGCUCCAACGGCUGAGGCUGAGUGGGGAGGAGGUACUCCACAUCACGCCUGAGACCAGCCAUGGUCUUAUUCAGCAAAGUGCUCGUCCUUUUUUUCAUCGUCCCAUGACAAGCCGCGCCUUGCUCACCCAUUACGUGGACUUGGAGGCGAUUGUAAAGCACGAGUUUUUCUGGAUGUUGUCGUUUUUUGUCGAAAAGCGUGUUCCAUUUGAGGACAAAUGCCACCCUCCGAGCUGCUUUGACGCAAGCAAGAUGUGGAGUGCGAGUUCAAAAUCUAAGGACGAGGUGGAAAGCGAAGCCGCCGAGCAAGUAGGCGAGGUGCGGGAGCGGCUCUUAGAGCUGGCUAACCCGUUGAAUGUUGAUGAGUACUUACAAUACGCCCACCGAGAAAAGCGUAAUAUCUGCGAGGUAUUGCACGACUUCAAUAUGCCAAACUCCAUGACAUGUGUGGAGCCUCCGUUAGCGUAUGUAUUGACGUUUUUGACUCCCAUGCAUCCGCGCUACUUUUCGUUAUCCUCCUCGCCUGCGAUGGACGGAAGGCAGAGGCUAAACCUAACCGUAGCUCAGCUCACCUGGCAGACGCCCAUGAAGCGCCACCGCAGUGGGUUAUGUAGUACGUAUCUUGUAGAGUCGAAGGCUGCUGACAAGCUAACAUGUGUGUUGUGGCAGGGAACGCUUUCGACCUCGCCAGUGCCGCAUCCACUGCUUUGCAUCGCGACGGGCACCGGUAUCGCGCCAAUCCGGAGUUUGAUUCGACAAUGUGCUGCAGCAGAGGAUUUGGCAUGGGCAGAUACACCGAUUUACCUAUUUUUCGGGUGUCGAAACAAGGAAAAGGACUUUUUAUAUAACAACGAGUGGAAAGAGCUUUGGGAGUCGGGUAGGCUGCGUCAGUUGCAUGUUAUUCCGGCCUUUUCGCGGGAUACGGCGAAAAAGGUUUAUGUCCAACAUCAGUUAGGCCAGCAUGCGAAGCUCGUGAACACGCUUCUUCUCCAUAAGGAGGCGAUUGCUUACGUGUGCGGCAAUGCCAAGCAGAUGCCCAAGGACGUCCAGUCAACCUUAGAACAUAUCAUCGCGACCUGUAGCUUUGACGGGGAUGAGUUUAAAGCUGCACAAACGAUAAAGGAAAUCACAAAGUUGGGGCGCUACCAAGUGGAUACGUGGUCGGCCUGA